UUUUUUUCUUUUUUUAUUAUUAUUAUUAAAUAAAUUAUGCAACUGCUAUUGUUAUUGUUAUGGAUAGCAUGUAUACAGGCUAAUACAGAAAAAGCCAUUCUUCAUGUCAACCAAGUUCCAUCCAUACCAUGUCAGUCUAACUCACAUGUGUUAUUAUCUCCACCUUUUACGCAAAUACAACAGAGUUUGAUUCCUUCAUCAAAAGCGAUUUAUGUACUUGAUCAUCUAGAGUAUGGAUCAAAGUAUGAGAUUAGAAUAUCUUAUCCUGCUAUUACACCUGCUGAUUUUGAUAUUCACAUACUGAAUGGCUGUCAACAACAAGAUGGCAUAGCCUAUCUCAUCCAAAUAUCAGCCAAUUAUACAGGCAUAUCUACCUUGCAAGGAAUAGCAUCACAUCCAAUUACAUUCCACCUUGUUUUAGAGACACUCUAUCUUGGCUUCUUAUUUUAUCAGGUCUAUCGAAUCGUCAUGACUAUUCUAUUCAUGUUGUUGAUUGGUUAUUUUAUCUUACCUUUCAUUCGACAACGCAUUGUGAAGAUAGUAAAAGAUGAUGCAUUCACAAAGCAAAGCUAAGUCGAUAUGUCACAUGAUCUUGAUCCAAUCAUCCAUACAAUGUCUUACCGCAUAAAAAAAUAAAAAAAGGCGAAAAUUAAUUUACCCGUUUC